AUACACACUUGAAGAACGAGUAGUCUGUGGCAGAAGAGUGUUUUUUAUUUAUAUUUGUUGUGAGCAGUGUGGACGAUAAAGUUCUGCUUCUGGCAAUCAGUUAUAUUUGAAGCUUAAAGCGUAAGCUAUGGGUGUCUCGGGGUGUUGCGCAGUUUUGAAACAUCUUAUUGUCCUUAUCAACCUAAUAUUUUGGUUGGUAGGCCUAGCAGUGAUCGUCUUGUCAGUAUGGAUGCUUACAGAUACAGCCUUCUAUGUCAGUGUGGCAUCGGGUGAAUCCAGCUACUACACAGGGAUAUACAUCUUUCUGGCUACUGGUGCGCUGAUGUUUAUUGUGGGCUUCCUUGGUUGCUGUGGAGCAUACAGAGAGUCACCGUGCAUGCUCGUGUCAGUAAGUAUAGCCAUACAUGAUGGAAGAGUUGUGCCUGUCUGUUUUUCUAACUGUGUUUACAUUAAAUUUGGUCUGAAAAGUGUACAGUGGGCCUACAGCAACAGUGAUAAGCUAGAGGUGUAUGUAAAGGAUGCUGUCAGAUCAACGGUGCAGCAAGAGUAUGGAGUUGUGGACACACGCACAAAAACAUUUGACGCUAUUCAGGAAGGGUUACAUUGCUGUGGUGCCACUGGACCACAAGACUGGGCUGGCAGCGAGUACAACAAGGCGGGAAAAACUGCAUUUAACGUGCUUGUGAGCUCGGUAGUGCAGGUGUAUAACAUCCCAACUAGCUGUUGUCGGCAGGGAACCAGUGAAGAAUUCUGCAAGACUGCUGUGAAGGCCGGUAUUGCUGCACAGUUGUCCACUGCGGUGUACUCAGAGGGCUGCAUUGAUAAAUUGAUUCACACAUUGAAGAAGCACAUGAGCAUUGUGGUUGGUGUUGGGAUCGCCAUCAUCAUCAUAGAAUGUUUGGGCCUUAUCUUCUCACUCAUCCUUUGCUGCGAAAUUCGAACCAUGGAUCGGUACAAAGCUUAAACACUGAAGCUGAAUCUUUAUUUCCUCCUAAUUCAAGGCUGGUAUACUAAUCUACAUCAUUUGGUUCCAGUUAAAAAAAAGUAAUUUCCAAAGCAGGUUGUUUGCCGAAUACAUGGUGAGUUUUGAAACCUGUACUCAUUUCACGGGCUGGUUGCAUAGCCAAGAUCAACUUCAUUUGUUUAAAGUGUACUACUUGUGGCUUAAUUGUACAAAUGCUAUAUUAGAAUGUUUGUAAAAACUA